AUAAAGGAUACGUAGUGAAUUAAUUCAAUUUAACAUAUCAAUUAAAGGAAAAGGAUCCAGAGGAACGUUUAGCUAAGAAGGAAUUUCUCUAAUAAAACAAAUUUAAUAACAGUUCUGCAAAACAGUAGUAAAUAAUUACCAAAAAAUAUUUACUAAAAUAGAGAAAUAUCUCUCAUAUUGUUUAAUUAAGACGUAGAUAUAAAGUAGCUAAUAAUGGAUCCUUCAACAUCAAAAGAUGAGAAAUUGACAGAAACUCAAGUAGAACUUCAAAAUUUCUUUCCAAAAGUACUCGAGGAAAUUAAGAACAUUAAAGUGAUAGAGCCUGGAAAUCAGUUACUGCCACUUGCGAGGAUUAAAAAAAUUAUGAAAUUAGACGAGGACGUGAAAAUGAUUUCAGCAGAAGCACCAUUGUUAUUUGCAAAAGCCACUGAGAUAUUUAUCCACGAAUUAACUCUAAGAGCAUGGUUACAUACGGAAGAUAAUAAGAGAAGGACAUUACAGAGAAAUGAUAUAGCAAUGGCUAUAAGUAAAUAUGAUCAAUUUGAUUUUCUCAUUGAUAUCGUACCAAGAGAUGAAAUUAAACCAAAAAAGGAAGCUGAUAACAAAGCGACAGUACAGGAAGUAUUUUAUGUGCAAGCACCAACUCAACAGAUGCAAACAGUCACUGUUCCUUCAAUGCAGUCAAAUCAACAGUCAGCAGUACCCCAAACGAUACAACUCCCAAAUGGCAUGCAGGCUACAACAGCACAAACACAGAAUAUUAUCCUUCAAAGUCCUACACAAACGCAAGUUCCAACGAAUCUCAUACAACUGGCCAAUUCUGGUCAGCAAAUUCAAAUCGUUCAACAAGUCGUAGGACCAAAUGGUGAAAUAUCUCAGAUUCCAGUUCAAAUGUCACAGCAACAACUGUCAAUGCUGAGAUCUCAAAUGGCAGGAACACCAAUGAUCGUUCAAGCCCCACAGACAAUUUUCCAAACUCAAACAGGACAGAAUAUUGCCAUUCCACUAGCUAAUCUUGCACAACAAGGACUAUUCAUUAAUUCACAAACUGGAGCUAUUCAGCAACAAGCAACACAAAUGCAACAAGCACAACAACAGGGACAUAUAAAAGAGGAGCAACAAUAACAAUUAAUUGAUUUUUUUUAAAACAAUUUCCC